CGCACGAAUGACUGCCGCUUGGAAAUUGCCAGGCCCAAGUUCUUCCCUUCUUCGUUAUGGAGUCCAAGAUCGUUAACAGCCUACUGCUCGUAGGCGAUUUCUGCAUCUCUCUAGUGGCUGUCAGUCUCUUCGGAUUGGCGUCCUCUAGACAUUACCGAGAGAUGCUCUGGGAGAAGGGCGGCGUUGAGGGCUGGAACUCUAACCCAAACCACCGGGUGUACUUUUACGCUAACUAUGAAGAACCGCCAGAAAUUCCGCUGAUUUGGUCGCAACAACUCACCGAUGGCGCCCUUGCCGUUGGGUUGCUGUCAUUGACUAUUCUGAUAGCCCGCGUCAUUAUGACGAUACUGGGACAGAUGUCUCGAACUUUCUCGAUGAUAUACGACAUCAUCCUUACAUUCUUUUGGAUUCAAACGCUCGUGUAUCAGGCAUCCGGCGAUUUCUCAGACCCCAAGCAUCCGAGUCCUCACCCUUGGUACUUGUCGCGAUACUGUCAGAGGGAUAUUGCCACGGCGUGUCGGGUCGCGCAGGCAAGCUUUGCGUUAUCGGUGCUUGCAGCACUCCUGUGUGGAGGAAGGCUUGUGGCCACCGCAGCGGAAGCAGUGUGUUUCUACUACCGCACCAAUCGGGAAAUCAGAUACCGACUCGUCUCGAUGGAUCCUGAGACCAUGGACGAGGAUGAUGAAGCCUCCCUGGAGGAGGAAAUGGCCAAGGAGAGGGAGCGGUACCUUUAUCGAGAAGCACUGAGUCCCGUGCUUGCAUUCUUUCCAGAGGACUCAAGAUAUUAGAAUCUCUUGUGUCAUAUCGCCAUCGUUGUCACACAUUGCAACAUGCCAUUGGCCAGGAACGCAGAUCUCGGAUUUCGACCAUCUAAUGUUGGCUUCAGCGUCAUCAUGAAUGGGCGAAACAUCUUUGUGUUGAUAUUUUUGGGGCCAAUAAGUCUGGUGGCAGGCCUUUGCAGUUUUAUUGCAGCAACAAAACGCACAGAGAACCUAGCAGGAACAAAGUAAACCAUACUGUCAAGACGCUCCUAGUCGUCACUUACACAUACCCGAAUCAUAUUGCAGACAAUCAAUGAAUGCGCUAUUCUGCAAAGAUCAAUUGAGUCAGAUUUUAAAGAUGACUGGUGACUCUAGAGCUUUAGAUUGGCGUACAUGCUUUUACAGCAAAACUUGAAGGAAGAAAUCAAAAAAAU